AACGGAACACCACACCAUGUAUUUAUUAGCAAGCAGAUCACCUCGAUUUAUCAUCUCAAUCCGACAAUUCCAACCCCAUCGCAAACUACACAGCACCGCCAUACGACCUCGACACAAUAUGGCUUCCACCAAUGGCACGAACGGCAGCGACGAGCAGCCUAAAAUGCAGUACACCAAUCUGGGAGGAAGCGGGCUCAAAGUCAGUAAAGUGAUUGUGGGCUGCAUGUCGUUUGGAUCGCCAGAUUGGCAGGGAUGGGUGUUGAAUGAAGAGGAAUCUCUGCCGAUUCUGAAGCAUGCGUACGAUCGCGGGAUUACCACGUGGGACACGGCCGACGUCUACUCCAACGGCGACUCGGAGCGCAUCGUAGCCAAAGCCAUCAAGCAGUUCUCCAUCCCGCGCUCCAAACUCGUCAUCCUAAGCAAAUGUUUCUUCGGCGUCAAAGAGACCAACGUGCCCGGCGCGGGGCUCGCGAUCGUCAACGAUGGCGCCGACGUCAACCAAGUCGGCCUGAGCCGCAAGCACAUUUUCGACGCCGUGGAGGCGAGCGUGCAGCGGCUGGGCACGUACAUUGAUGUGCUGCAAAUUCACCGGUUGGAUCGCGCGACGCCGAAGAAGGAGAUUAUGCGCGCGCUGAACGAUGUUGUGGAGAGGGGGUGGGUGAGGUAUCUUGGGGCGUCGUCGAUGGCUGCGUGGGAGUUUCAGGAACUACAGUGGAUCGCGCGCACGAACGGAUGGCACGAGUUCAUCAGCAUGCAAAACUACCACAACCUACUCUACCGCGAGGAAGAGCGGGAGAUGAUCCCCUACUGCAACGCCACGAACGUCGGGCUGAUCCCGUGGAGCCCGGUGGCGCGCGGCGUGCUUACCCGGCCGUGGAACACACGCAACACGAAGCGCGAAGACCACGACCGCUUCUUGAAGAGCAUGUAUCGCGAGCGGGAGAACGCGGUGGACAAGAAGAUUGUCGAGCGGGUGGAGGAGAUAGCGAAGAAGCGCGGGGUGUCGAUGACGUGCAUUGCGACGGCUUGGAGUCUGUCCAAGGGCUGCAAUCCCAUUAUCGGGCUGAGCAGUACGGAGCGGGUGGACCAGGCGGUGUUCAAUUCGAAUUACCAGCUUAGCAAGGAGGAUGCGGCGUACCUCGAGGAGCCGUAUUUGCCUAAGGCCGUGACAGGGUAUUAGUCCGAUUGCUGCGGUAUUGGAGGCACUGAUUGGUACGCCACGGCCAAGGGAUUGGUGAUCGUGCCAAUGCAAAAAUCAGGCUGAAUGAAAGAUGAGGAGAAGUGCCAGGGGCAGGCUCGCUAGAUAUCUCCAGAAAUGCACUUUUGAGUGCCUGAGGCUGGAACAACCUACCCCGCCACCCCGCAGCACCGCCUCAGCAGGUGCCAAACUGGAGCAACGGAGAUGCGUUCGGUAGAUCACGGCC